CUCCACACGGCACCCCUCGCCAUUAUAUAUACUCAUCCCAUACACCACGGUUUUUGACGUCAUCUUAAACAAAACCAAACUACGAAGAAAACAUGGAUUCCUUCACAUCCUUCUUCGAUUCGCGAGCGAGAACUGGCUGGAAUUACGAGUCCCUCAAGAAUUUCCGGCAGAUCUCCCCCGUUGUCCAGACGCAUCUCAAGCAGGUUUAUCUCGCUCUAUGUUGUGCACUGGUUGCGUCCGCUGUUGGAGCUUAUCUCCAUAUUCUUUGGAACAUUGGUGGUCUCCUCACAAUUCUCGGAUGUCUGGGUUGCAUGGUUUGGCUAUACUCUGAGCCUGUUUACAAAGAGAAAAAGAGAGUUUCACUUCUUAUGGCAGCAGCUGUCUUUGAAGGAGCUACGGUUGGUCCUUUGAUUGAAUUGGCCAUUGAUUUUGACUCAAGCAUUCUUGUCGGUGCUUUUGUCGGUUGUGCUUUGGCCUUUGCUUCUUUCUCUGCAGCUGCCAUGGUAGCCAGGCGUAGAGAGUUUCUGUAUCUCGGGGGUCUGCUUUCUUCUGGUCUCUCCAUUCUCCUGUGGUUGCAUUUUGCAUCCUCUAUUUUCGGUGGUUCAAUGGGUCUUUUCAAAUUCGAGCUGUACUUUGGGCUCCUGAUUUUUGUAGGCUACAUAGUAGUCGACACACAGGAUAUAAUCGAGAGAGCACACCUGGGUGAUCUGGAUUAUGUGAACCAUGCUCUUACCCUAUUCUCGGACUUUGUUGCCGUGUUCGUACGGAUUCUGAUCAUCAUGCUGAAGAAUGCGAGUGAGAAGGAAGAGAAGAAGAGGAAGAAGAGGAGAGACUGAUGCCUAACUAUCCACAACAACUGGUGAAAUAAAUUGAAAUCUGUUUUGGAAAGUGAUUUUGUCUAUAAACAUGCUUCUUUUAGGAAUUCUGUCUGGGUUUUGACAUUGGUGUGUGGUGUGAUUAACACUCCUUUGCUGUUCAUGUGGUUUGAUGAUGCAUAACGAUGUAAUACUUUUGUUGCAGACCUUAGACCUCUAAUAUUCUGUGGCACUAACAUUUCUCUUUCUCUCUCUCUCUCUCUCUC